UUUUCAAUUUCACUCUAAUCUCGAUAUCAACUAUCAUUCCCUUCAAAUUUUCUCUCUUUUAACCAGUUCGUAAUCAUCAACUACAGUAUAUGCAGCACUGUGCUCUCUUGCAUUCCUGCAUCAGUUUUCAUGUCAAACAUAAUUCUGUUCUCAAUCUAACAUCAUCACUUGCGCUUACAUUUUCUUCUCUUUGUAGUUCUUUCACAUGAAUCUCAUUUCCAUCUAUUAAUGCCAGUUUUCUGUUUCUUCUCCUUGUAACUUUCUUCCUUUCUUCUUGUUUGUGAACAUAUACAUAUUCAAACAUGACUACGUGGGAGAGGCCUGUUAGAGGAGAAAGGCAUCAACAGCGAAGAAAAACACCAUCAUUUUCUUCAUCUCUUCUUGAUGCCAUAUAUCAUUCCAUUGAUGAAUCCCAAGGCAAAGAAGAAGAGCCAAGGCAAGAACCGGAUCCUGCUCUCCUCCAUAGAAAGAGAAACAAUGCAGCUGAAUUUGAAGAAGAGAUUGCAAGUAUCCGACGAGCAAUCAUGGUUGAGAAAUGGAUGGAAAACUACGGAAGCAGUACUAGAGGCUCGAGGUCGAGGCACAUCAAUUCAGAUUCAAGCUCGUCAACAGACUCGAGCUUGUUUUCAUCCUCAGAAACAGACUCUGCAUCAAAAUCCACUCCAAAAUCUUCAGUUUUACAUGCAACACCGAAAGCAGCUCACCAAACACUUGUUCCUGGAGCAGCUCCAAAACAUGAGGGCGGGUUCAUGCGGACAAAAUCAAGGGCCCCGAAAAUCUAUGGAGACUUAAAGAAGGUGAAACAACCAAUUUCUCCAGGUGGGAAAAUCAAGAAUUUUUUGAAUUCCAUUUUCACUCCAAGAAAUUUGAAGAAACAUGAAGGGAUGGAAGAUUGGAGUUCAGUGAGGAAAUCGAGAUCAGUCAAGGACUCAUCUACCACAUGUUCUCUGACUUCCAGGUCUUGCUUGAACAGACCACCACCUCCUUCAAGAGGUAAAUCAAAGCGGUCUGUCAGAUUUUGUCCUGUUAGUGUUAUUGUCGACGAAGAUUGUCAACCCUGUGGGCACAAGAGCAUAAAUGAUCAUUAUGAUCCAAGUCUAACACUGGUGCCAAAUAUUAACAGUCAUUUCCUCAAGAAGAACAUUGAUAGUUUUAGGAAUUAUGAAGAAAAGAAAUCAAAGAAAUAUGGCUUCAGGGGAUUUUAUGAGAACAGUGAUGAUGAUGGUAAUAGCUGUACUAGUUCGGAUCUGUUUGAACUCGAUAACAUUGGCAUUGUUGGGGUUGGCCAUGGAGCUCAUAGGGAGGAGUUGCCAGUCUAUGGAACUACAAACCUGAAAAUCAAUCAGGCCAUUGCCAAUGGAUUGCUUAUGUAGCUCAACUUGUAGUUAGCUAGUUAGACGAGUCAUGUAACAUGAAUGGUUCAUGGAUAACUGAUCAUUUUCUUCUCUGUUUGUGUUAUGUUUAUCUAGGUUUGUAUCAUAAUGAAAUUGAUUUUCGAGACUA